GUUUGCGAAGUGGAACAAUCUUGAAAUUCGAAUAACGAGGGUUGGGGAAUUCUGUGGAUUUUGGGAGAGAAUCUGUAAAGUGGAAAUCGAAAUCAGGAAAUUUGAGUAAAAUUUCCGCAGUCUUGCAUUGUUCUUGAUCUCGAAUCGCAAUUUCGUGGAAAUAAAUCUCGAUUUAUCUCUGAUUCGUGUUUCCCGAGGGUUUGGGGUUUGAAUCUUUUGGGGGUUCUUUAAUACGUUUCGAAUAGGAACCCCUGAAGUUUGGUGGAAGAAAUUAGGAGAGGGGAAUUCUUAGAUUUAUCUAUUUCUAGGGUUUCAUCACUCGAGCUUCUUUGAUUUCAUUUCUCUCUGUCAAAUAAUCCUUGUUUUUAUUGCUGAGUGUGAUAUUUUUAUUUUAUUUUUAAUGAACGAGCAUCAGACAAUAAUGAUGAAUCAACAGCAACAGCAGCAGCAGCAGCAGCAGUUGAUGAACUUGAAUCAGAACAUGAUGAAUUCCAGUCAAAUCACUUCGCAGUCUCAGGCACAGAUGGUCGCCAUGAAUCGGGGCUACAACAUGUGGCCGCAGCCACAGUCACAGCCUCAAUUCCAGAACCCCAAUCCUGCCGCCAUGAAACCUCCGACCUCUGGUUUUAAGAAAUCCUUGGGUCCGAGGAACAACUGGAAGGGCAAAAAGGUGCAUAAUAAGUUGAACGAUAGGAGAAGGAAUGAACAGCAGCCGAAAUUCCUGAUGUCCGCCUCUAGCUCCGGUGGUAUUGUCGGCGGCGUUAACGCAGUCGGCGGUGGUUCUGUAGGAAACUUGAACUUCAAUAACUAUCAACCACCGACUCUGAAUGAAUUGCAGCAACAGAAUCGGUUGAAGACGAGGAAGUUCUUCCCCAAGAAGAAAUUCAAUAAGAACACCAAUAUGAACAUGGGUGCAAAUACUAACAAUUAUUAUUAUAACAAUAAUAAUAAUAAUAAUAACAGUAGCAGAUCUGCUCCCUUUGCUCCAAGGAACACAACUUCCUAUUUAAUAAGAGCAAAGAAGAGUGGAGGUAUUGCAUCCUUGGUUUCGCCUUCUCCGAUGACGCCGGCUGUUUUACCUACUCCUAUAUUUUCGCCCUCUAGAGAGGUUCUGGUUGAUGCGGCGAAAGAGGAAUGGGGUGUCGACGGAUAUGGAUCAAUGAAAGGGCUUAUCCGGUUGAGGUCGCCGGGGCAUGAAUUAGAAGUUAAUGAGGAUGAGGAGGAAGAAGAUGGAGGUUCGAGCGAGAGUGAUGUGGAGGAGCAUGUUGAGGUUGAGAGGAGGUUGGAUCAUGAUUUGAGCCGGUUUGAGAUGAUAUACGAUCCAAACAACUUUGGCGGGGCGGAGUAUCAGAAUGUGUUGGAAAACCGGGUCGAUGAUCAGGAUACACAUAUUGCUCAUUUAGAGGAGGAAAAUUUGAUUUUGAAGGAAAGGUUGUUCUUGAUGGAAAGGGAGCUCGCGGAUUUGCGGAGGAGGAUGCAACAUUUGGAGAGGAUGGAAAACAAAGGGGAGGAGUUUAAUGAGGAAGUAGUGGAAAAUGACUCUGAAAACGACAGUGGAAGUCGUGGCGAGGGAACUCAUUUCAUGGAGGAGAAUGAAUUGAACGAUGAUAAUAUUGUUAAGGCUAAUGAGCUUUCCAAAGAACAUGGUGAAGGUGGGGUUUAUGCUGAAGGGUUUUAUGCGCCAGUGGAUAAAAGUAUCGCCUGUGGUUUUGAGCCGAGAGAAGAUAACAAUGAUUCGUUGAUUGUUAGAUCUUAUGCCAAAGAAGGAGAAGAAGUUGUUGGUGACGAAGAUCAUAAGAACACAGAAGUUGGUGUUGUCACAAAUACUAAAGAUACAGAUGUUGAAGGUGAAGGCGCAGGCGCAGGCGAAAAUGGUUAUAAGAUCAGUGACGACAGGGAAGAGGGUAAUGAUGAUGAGGGCAAGCCCCGGGAUCUGGAAGUGGAGGCAGAAAAUAAUGCAGAUAUGGAGUCAUCUGAAGAUGUCGUAAGAGAUCUAAAGAUGGAAGAAGUUGGAGCUGAAAAAGAUGACAUGGAAUUGCAGAACGAUCCGGCAAAUUGAUGAGGUUAUCAUUACAGAUGUGCAUAGGGUGAGGUAACCUCGGAAUUGUAUCUAAUUGCUCGAAUCUCACUGCUGGUUACCUUUUUGUAGCGUUGAAUUGGCAGUAAGUAUAUUGAAUCCCCCCACUAAGGAGUCUAUCUAAACAAAGAGAGGAGCUGGUCAUGUGGUCAUUUUGCAAUUUACUUUGAAUUCGGUUGUCUAGAUCCUAAGACAGGGUUUUCAUACUACCUCCUAUGAUUGUCUUUUACAUUUGGUAUGCUUAGUGGUGCAGAUCUUAUUAAUCUUCUGCUUUUUAGAUCGAAACAUAUGGCGUUAUAUUACCAUCUUUAAAGACUCGAAUGUGUAAUCUCCUAUCUUUGUAAUGAACUUGGGUUAUUAAAUCUCUUCGACAUUCUGCUGAA